AUGAACCUCAUUCCGAGUUUACUGCCCUUUGAGAAGAUUCCGGUCACCCUGGUCGUUCUGGGGUGCUACUUGGCUGCAAUAAUCUCUACUUUGGUUGUGCAGGAGCACUUACCUUCAGCCCCACAUGAUCACCACAAGAUUGGCCUCGACUUGGACGAGGCAUGGCGAGACCUUCAAGCUAUCGCACAGGUCGCACAUCCGUUCAACUCUCGAGAGAAUGACGACGUGGGACGGUAUUUGGUGAAACGUCUCAAGCAGUUCACCAAAGGAAAUAGUCACAUCACACUUGACUUUGACACAAAGACAAACGCCUCGUGGUACUCUGAAGACCAGUCCGUGACUUAUAUGGAGAGCCGGAAUAUCGUCAUCAAGUUUGACGGAUCAAAGUGGAAUGACUCCGCGGUGUUGCUAACUGCACACUACGAUACAUCAUCUUUGGCACCUGGCGCGACGGAUGAUAGUCUCGCAGUCGUGUCGCUUCUUCAGGUAGCAGAACAACUCACAAAGCAUAGACCAGAACGCUCGAUGAUUCUCUUAUUCAACAAUGGUGAAGAGGAUGGGCUCCACGGGGCGCAAGUCUUCCUUCGCCAUCCUUGGAUGUCACUCGUCCAGUCAUUCAUCAACGUCGAGGGUGCUGGUGCAGGUGGAAGGCCUAAUCUGUUCAGAUCCUCGUCCGCGCAAAUUACCUACGCCUUCAGAAAGGCUGCUCAUCCGCAUGGUUCCAGCCUCUUCUCCGAUGCAUUCAAGCUCGGUCUCAUUCGCUCCACUACCGAUUACUCCAUCUACACACGCGCUGGGAUCCCGGGAUCUGACUAUGCCUUCUACACUGGCCGGCAAAAGUAUCACACAAUGUCAGAUACCGUGGCUAGCCUCCAUAAUCGCCACCCACUUUGGAUUAUGAUGGAGAACUUGCACAACGUGGUAAAGGAACUUGCCUAUCAGCCGGACAUCGGUAUUUCAGAUAACGCUCGCUUCGUUUACUUUGAUGUAUUCGGAGAGGGUUGGUUCUACAUGCGAUCCGACCUCUUUAUGGUAUUCAACAUCCUCCUCAUCGUCUUGGGCCCUAUUUUCGUCAUUCUCCUUGGAUGGUCCUUACAUCGAAGCCACAAACUUUAUGUUGGAUUACGUGGCUGGGGCCGCUUUCCAGUAGCUCUCAUCCUAGGCGUUCUAGUGGCGGGUGUCUGCAUUGGCUGGUACGGAGAAUACAAUCCCAUGGUCAUUGACCGAGCGCCCUAUUCGAUUCUCGUGACAAUUGCAUGCUUCACUGCCCUUGCCACUCUGGUACCAAUGUAUAUCACCGACUGGUGGAAGCCAACACCGUCUCAGCGAGCCCAAGUUCUUUUGGAAAUGUUCGGACUAUGGUGGAUUGUUUCCAUUAUCACGGUUAUCGUUAGUGCGCGGAGAGAGUUGACUGGAACAUACCUCGUCACGUUCUUCUACGCCGCUACGCUAGCUGCGACGUUGAUCUCCCUGUUGGAUAUGCAUCGACUAGAUCGCAAGGUCCCAAUCGCUGUUCCCGAGUCUGCGAUUCCCCAUGAUCAAGAGGCUGAUGCAUCCCGGAACGGCGCCGAUCACCAUAUUCGUCGCCAUCACCAAGCCGGCGAUGUUGAAUCAACAUCUGACGAGCGUACACCGCUCAUUCCCAGAGCGGAAGAGCUGCUGGUGGUGGCGAAUCAGCGGACAGGGCAGCAGUCGCUUGGGUGGAUCUGGGUUCUGGAGUUUAUCCUCCUCGCAGUUUUCCCUGCCAUUUUGAUGCUCCAACUCACUUUCUCUCUGUUGGCUGCACUCGGGCCAACCGUUGUCGACGGCACACCUCCCGCUUUCGUCUACGCACUCAUCUCACUCAGUGUAAUGCUCGCCAUCUUGCCAAUUGCGCCUUUCGCCCACAAACUACCAGUGACCUUCUAUCUUGUGCUUCUUGUCAUUGGGAUUGCAACCGCAGCAUACACAUCCUUCGUCUUCCCAUUCACAUCCGAGUCGCCCCUCAAGGUCUUCUUCGGUCAGACGGUUGAUCUUGACCAGGGGAACAGUACCGUCACGCUUGCAGGGGUUCGACCGUACCUCGAUCGAGUAUUCAGGGAGCUUCCUACCAUCGACUCCAGCAACAUUACGUGGAGUAAGGGGCCAGUAUCUGGGAUUCAGAUUGCGGGAUUCCCAGGACUCGCGCCGCGUUCCGUACCGAACACACCUAUGGCGGAUUGGGUGCACGUUACCCUAAACAAGACGAGCUUAUCGAGCGCUUCAAUAACUGUGAUGGGAAACAAUACAAGAGCGUGUCGAGUGUCCUUUGAAGGUGGCUACAAUGUUGCACAGGCGGUCGUUCGUGGUAGCAACACCAAAGAUCUCCAGCUUCCGUCACCUCAUCCACUCAAACAGGUCAAUCUAUGGAGCAGAACAUGGAACGCGACCUGGGUCGUUGAUGUUGAUUUCAUGGCACCCAGCACUGAAGAGCAGAGUAUGCAAUCGGCAACGGCAGCAAAGGUGUUGAGUGGCAAGGUAUCGUGUAUUUGGUCCGAAAGAACCAAUGGCAGAAUCCCUGCUCUCGACGAACUCUAUGUCUUCUUCCCGAUGUGGGCCACAAUCUCUGCUGGUAGGGCUGGUUUGGUUGAAGGUUGGAAGUCAUUCUCGGUCUAA